GGCCAGGAGGUUGCCACGUCAGCUUGUGGUGCCACGUCACCUUCUGGCCAUUUCCUGUAAUGCAAUCUGGAAAGAGGCGUUUGACACAUGGCAGCUGAAGCGUUGAUGACAUCUUUGACAAUGGACAAUGCCUGCCCUCCCCUCUCUCUGGAGCCGUCGCCGCACGACGACGCGGCCGAGACCUACCGCCAUAGCCUGCUCACAGAUCGGGCUCCCGACAUCAACCUCCCGCUGUCGGUGGACAUAGAGAGUGCGAUGGAUCCGUGGGAGCCGGGACCCCCGACGUCGCAGUCGCAAUUCUCGCCUCCGCCACCCGAUCCCAACCUGCUUCACAAGGCUGCGAGUGACACGUCAUGCAGUCGGGAUACCAGCACGGACGAAGAGGGGGAAGAGGAUCAGCUGAGCGACAGCCUGACAGCUGGCAACAGCGGGAGCAGCAGCGGUUGUCUUAUCCAUUUGAAUAAUGGUGCUAGUGGAAAKGGGGCUGGSGGGGGGGCGCARGGGGGRGGSGGGGGGGGRGGAGGAGGAGGAGGAGGGGGAGGAAAUGCUGGUGAUCUGAACAUAGAUUACGGGCUGACUCUGAGUGACCUUAGUUGCACGGGGGGAGCGGGCUGCGCUGCUGCUGGCGAUGGAGGGGUUGAGGGUUUUGCAGCUGUGGGGGUAGUAGGGUCCGGCGGUGGGUUGGGUGUUCCCCCGGGCAUGGGGAAAUGUGGGGUGGGGGGGGGUGGCGAUGGGAGCAGCAUGGCUAUGGUGGAUGCUGAAGGUGAUGCAGUCUGCUCCGAAGGCGGCGGCGGAGGAGGAGGAGGAGGAGGGAUAGGAGGAGGGGUAGGAGUAGCCACUGGGGGAGGAGGAGGAGGAGGAGGAGGAGGAGGAGGAGGAGGAGGAGGGGUCUGCAGUAAUCUUAAGAUGAGGAAAGGUGCAAGGCGUGAGGACGCGAUCUGGGGGGCAUGGUUCUUCUUCACCCAUUACUUCAAGCCUGCAUUUAAGGACACAGCGGGGCGGCAGAAGUGUGGGGGAGAUGGCGGUGAGGGAGGAGGAGCAGGCGACGCAGCACACGUGGCAUCUCCUGGACCGUCCGUUGCCGCCAGCCUCGACUGCAGUGGAUGGACCCCAUCCGAUCUACGACUGGAUUGCUUCCUUGUGCAGCAUGACAUGGAAAAUCUUUACAUGUGGAGUUUUAUGCUCAAGCCUGAGAAUGCACUUGGGAAGAUGCAGCUGAGGAGCUACAUCAAUGGCCAUUCGUGGAACGGAGAGCCACCAUUUCCAUUCAGCGUCGAAAAGGGGUUCACACGAAGCCAUAAGUAUGUAAAAAUUCAAAGCGAUUUGAUUCUGGCCGUCCUCAGCGCUGCAAACCAGCAGCGUUGCCGCGAGAUAGCGCACUGCCAGGAUGAGCUGCCCAGGGCGAUGCACUUUCUCUAAAUGGAAAGUGCUGCCAUUUAGGAAAGUGCUGCCUGGCUCACGAGCAGCGUGGGCUUAGAGGCCGUGUGCUGUGUAGC